AUGAAGACGACCGUUCUCAUCACUACACUGUGCGCCACUCUUGUCGCUGGACUGCACGGCGACAACAACCAAGCGAUGGUCGCAGGUAGUCACAAACGCAACUUGCGUGCUGAACAAGCAGCUUUGCUUCCAGCGCAAGGGCAAAGUCAAAUCAUUGGUGGCGAUGAAAACAUCCCCCGUCCCGGUGGUGGCUUCGCUGCUGCCGAGCCGGUCGAACCUGUCGAGCCCAUCGCACCUGUGGAGCCCAUCGCACAUGUGGAGCCCAUCGCACCUGUGGAGCCAAUUGAACCUGUAGAGCCCAUCGCACCUGUGCAGCCCAUCGAGCCUGUGGAGCCCAUCGCACCUGUGGAACCAAUUGAACCUGUGGAGCCCAUCGAACCUGUGGAGCCCAUUGAACCUGUGGAGCCCAUCGCACCUGUGGAGCCGGUCCAACCUGUAGAGCCCCAGGAACCGUCGAACGAUGGCUCCACUGUUGAUGGUCCCUAGGACAGCCCACUGUCGAAUGGUGCAUCUCCGUAAGUUGUAUCACGUCGGGGUUUGUUUGAUAGAAACACAACCUGCGCCGGCUGUGCUAUUGUGACGCACAAAAACGAUGUUUUGCAUACAGAUGCAAUAGUUACUAUGAUGAGUAAUUGAGUAAUGAAUUGUUUCAAGUUCCAA